AUGGAGCAGCAUAAGGCCGCCGUGGACGUCGUAUCCUCGACCAUUCGUGGACUGUACUCUCGCGGCCUGCCUUUUCGGAUCUAUCAUGGCUCUACGAACAGCACCCGUCCUCAGUCAUUCCAACCUGACAGGAUCGUGGACAUCAGCUCUUUCACACGUAUUUUGAAAGUCGACGCCGAGAAAAAAACCGUACUCGUGGAGCCGAACGUUCCCAUGGAUAAGCUCGUUGCAGCUACGCUGCCGCAUGGCCUUGUUCCACCUGUGGUGAUGGAGUUUCCCGGCAUCACCGUUGGCGGGGCCUUUGCGGGGACCGGAGGAGAAAGCAGCUCGUUUCGGUACGGGUUCUUUGAUCGAACCGUUACGUGGAUCGAGGUGGUGUUGGGCAAUGGGGAUGUGGUUACUGCUCGACCGGAUUCCGGAGAGAACGAUGACUUGUUCUGGGGCGUCUCGGGGAGCUUUGGCACAAUAGGGGUUACGACGCUGUUGGAAAUCAACUUGAUUGAGACCAGCAAGUGGGUUAAGGUGGGAUAUUUCCCUGUGCAGAGUGUCGAAGAGGCGAUUAGCGUGUUGCGGGAGAAGAUGCGGGAUGAAAAUGUUGACUAUGUGGAUGGUAUCCUCUUUGCGAAGGAUCGAGGCGUGAUUGUUACAGGUCAUAUGGCAAGCGCUGUUGAUGUAGAGAGGAAAAGCAGCGUUCGGACCUUCAGCCGUCCAGCUGAUGAGUGGUUUUAUAUUCAUGCCGAACAACUUUGCCGAGAAUCACACAGGGAACGAAUAAUCGAGUAUAUUCCGCUGGUGGACUAUCUCUUCCGGUACGAUCGUGGGGGCUUUUGGGUUGCCCAAUUCGCAUACGAAUAUUUCUAUUUCCCGUUUAACAGGUUUACGCGCUGGCUGUUGGAUUAUUUCAUGCAUACACGCGUGAUGUACCAUGCAUUGCAUAAGAGCAGGCUUUCCAGCAGCUUUAUCAUUCAAGAUCUGGCGCUGCCGUGGCCUGCAGCAGGCGACUUUAUCCAUUACUUGAACGAGAAAUUUGACCGAUAUCCGCUGUGGUUAUGUCCCAUUAAGCCGCAUCCACAAGGCUAUGCAUCUUUUCAUCCCCAGAUAUUACCGGCGUCAAAGUCGCCUGAGUCUCAACGGGUCGUCCACGGAGUAGGAGAAGAAGAAGAUACAAUGCUCCUUAAUGUCGGCCUAUGGACUCCCGGGCCUUCUUCUCACCGUGCCUUUAUCGAAGCGAACCGCGCCCUGGAACAUAUGGUCUACUCCCUUGGUGGCGCAAAAUGGCUCUAUGCCCAGACUUUUUACACGGAGAACGAAUUUUGGACCAUAUAUGACCGUGAGACGUAUGAUGCGCUGCGGAAAAAGUACCACUCGUCACUAUUGCCUAGUGUAUAUGACAAGGUUAAAACUGAUCCGGCCGCGAGCACGGCAGCGUUUGAUAGGGUAAAGUAUUUGAGACCACUUCCAGGCAUUUAUGGGGUCUUGAGAGCUACGAUUGGAGGAGGGUAUUUAUUGCCACAUCGGAAACUAAGAGUUGCGUUUGGAGUUAUAAUGGCUUGCAUCUUAGGAAGGGUGUUGGUGAAAUGGAUGGAAGCAUAA